UGCCAUCUGCCAGUCUGCUCCUGCACCUCUGCCAGCGUGCCACCUGCCAGUCUGCUCCUGCACCUCUGCCAGUGUGCCAUCUGUCAGUCUACUCCUGCACCUCUGCCAGCAUGCCAUCUGCCAGUCUGCUCCUGCACCUCUGCCAUGUGCCAUCUGCCAGUCUGCUCCUGCACCUCUGCCAGCGUGCCAUCUGUCAGUCUACUCCUGCACCUCUGCCAGCGUGCCAUCUACCAGUCUGCUCCUGCACCUCUGCCAGCAUGCCAUCUGCCAGUCUGCUCCUGCACCUCUGCCAGCAUGCCAUCUGUUAGUCUGCUCCUGCACCUCUGC